AAAAAAAAAAAAAAAAAAAAAAAAAAAAAAAAAAAAAAAAAAAAAAAAAAAAAAAAAAAAAAAAAAAAAAAAAAAAAAAAAAAAAAAAAAAAAAAAAAAAAAAAAAAAAAAAAAAAAAAAAAA